AUGCCACCAUUUCCCCUCCUCCGUCUUCCUGGAGUAGUCCUGUUCGAUGUAUUCAAAUCAUUGAAUAUCGGAGAGAAAAUCAAGCUCUCUCUCUGCUCCAAGAAGGUCUCCACUCAAAUCAACAAUGCUCGUUUGUACUCUCAAAAAGUUAUAGUUGUUCUGGACUGCUCAAGCCACAAAAUCGAAGUUCACUCUGAAAACAGGAAAGAUACAUUCGAAAUCUUCAAUUAUCCAGAUUCCUGUAACAGACAUAAUUCAAAUACUCAUCAAUUUUCUAUUGCAUGCUCUACAGUAAGAUCUACAUCUAUUUCUAUAGGAAUCGAAAUAUUCUGGAAGAAUAAUCGAGAAGGAUUUCUAUCUGUUACUCAACACCUAUUGAAGAUAUUUCAAUGCAAGAUUUCAACUGGUAUUAUUGAUUGUUAUUGUUUAGUUUCAUUACAACCAGCGAUUUCUGACCUGUUUGAUCUACAACUGGAAUUCGAGACAUUUACUAUUGCACUUAAUGGAUCAAGAGACAAAAACUUGAUGUUUAACCAGAUAUCCGAUAAAUUUGGACUGGUUGAGAAUCUUAGAAUCUUAUCCCAUGCUAAUCCAGGUUUCAUACCAGUUUUCAUUUCAUGGCCACAGAAUAUUGAUGUCUUUAGUUCCGCUUGGUUCACUCUGGAAUAUCUUUUUGCGUGCACUUGCACCAAAAUUACACUCAAGGAUUCUCGCCUGAAAAACAAAAAUGUGGAUGAGAUACUUCGAAAAUGGAAUACUGGAGGAUUCCCGAAUCUCGAGUGUCUGAAGAUCUAUAGUCACAAUAUUACAAAUAAUGAAUCGACGAUUUUGGGAAUGAAUUUGAGCGAGUUAAACGGGAAGGUAAUCCAAACUGAUGAUGGAGCAAAGAAGGCAACUAUUAACACUGAUUACGGUAGUAUUGAAAUGUCUAUAAUUCCAUUUCAAUAA